GCUCGCAACUCGCGACACCACGGCGAAACCAUCUCCACAUCACAACACCCGCUUCCUCUGCACGCCCCACACCAUCCUCGAAGCUCGAACAGAACCCGAUCGUCGUAUCGCCAGAAGCAAACCCCCGAACACCAUCCCCCCAGCGCGUCACCUCCCAAUCCACGACCUACAAUGGCGAACGGCUGGGCACCAAUCAUCGGUCUCAUCGUCACCGUCGUCUUUUGCGGUGCCGCCUGGUUCCUAGCUCCCAAAGGCGAGAACCAAACGGUCUGGCGAUCUACGCUCGUUCUCUCUGCCGCAGCCAUGUAUAUCAUGUGGGCGAUUACUUUCCUCGCACAACUCCACCCUCUUAUCUCGCCUGUACGAAACGAUUUGCGACCGGAAUACAAUGGAGGGCGCUAGGAAAGCAAGCCUGUGGAUGCUAGGCGCGAGCGGCUUAAGCAUAUGCACGUUGUGAGAAUGAUGGCUUGGGGCGGUCUGGACGAGGCCAUAAUUGGAAUGCAGCAGGGGGGCAUAUGCUGAAGAGAUGCAUCAUGCUGGAGCAGCUGUGUUUUGUCUAGCAAGCCGCGUCUGGAGCCAUUGGUGAAGGACAACCAAAGCAGUGCAUAACUGAACAAUUGAGCGCAUGUGUAUAGUUGGUUUUUGGGCGUACUACGGAGUCUUUCUCGAUUUGUACAAAUAUCAAAUGGGGUAUCAUUGCUUUACAUUCAAAAACGCCCACUCCCAAUCUUCUCGUGCUCCAUAAAUCAAGAAACACUAAUAAACCUACUUACCCACUCCCAAACACCCCCCAAGACAGUCCACUCCCUCC